CUUUGGCUCUUUCCACACAGCUCCCUCUAAAUUUCAAAGCAUAUCCAUUCCUUUUGGCAUCCUAUAUAAACACAAUCCGAUCUCAUCAACUAUUCACAUCAUUCAUCUUGUUAAUCAAACAAAACACUUGAUUAAAAACAUUACUUGUUUCUGAUUAAACAAAAACUUUCAAUCAAUGGCUUCUUCUUCUACAUCUACUUCUUUCGUUUUGUGUUUCCUUUUAUUUGUUUGUCUCUUCCAUUUCUCUUCAGCUACCGGUAGAAAACUCAAUGAGUUAGUCCAAGACCCACCUGCUGUGCCGUUACUAUACCACAACGGCCCACUUCUUUCUAGUCAGACUUCUGUUAAUCUCAUCUGGUACGGCAAUUUCAAACCUGCCCAAAGAGCUAUAAUCUCUGAUUUCUUCAAUUCUCUUUACACCACACCUAAAAGUACUCAAUCUCCUUCGGUUUCGAUGUGGUGGAAAAAGAUAGAAAAGUACUACAAUCUUCCAAAUUCCUCUAGGAAAACCACUUCUUUGGUUUUGAAAUCUGGGAGACAAAUCUUGGAUGAGAAAUAUUCAUUGGGUAAAUCUCUGAGUAACAAGAAAAUUGUCAGAUUAGCAUCAAGAGGUGAACAGGGUAACGCAAUUAAUGUUGUGUUGACUUCAGCUGAUGUAACUGUUGACGGGUUCUGUUCAAGUAGAUGUGGUACUCAUGGUUCUUCAUAUUCAUCUUCAAAGAAAUCUAAAUUUGCAUACAUUUGGGUUGGAAACUCUGAGAUUCAAUGUCCUGGUCAAUGCGCUUGGCCUUUUCACCAACCGAUUUAUGGACCUCAGGGUUCACCAUUAGUUGCACCAAACAAUGAUGUUGGUAUUGACGGUAUGGUCAUCAAUCUUGCUAGUUUAUUAGCUGGUACUGCGACAAAUCCAUUCGGAAAUGGGUAUUAUCAAGGACCAGCUGGAGGCUCGUUAGAAGUCGCUUCGGCUUGUACUGGGAUAUACGGAAAAGGAGCUUACCCUGGUUAUCCAGGAAAUUUGCUGGUUGAUCCAAGUACGCGUGCAAGUUAUAACGCGAAUGGAGCUAAAGGAAGAAAGUACUUGUUGCCUGCAUUAUUUGAUCACUUUACUUCCACUUGUUCUACUUUAGUGUAAAACAAGUGGUGGUAUGAAGUAUGAACUUGAAAGUAAUUUCAUACAACCUUCGAGAAGAGAGCAGAACAAAGGAUGUUAAUCUGAUACAGUGUGUUAACUUGUAUAUAUAAUGUACUUCAUUCUAUUUGAAUAUAUGUAGUAUUGAAAUUUGCGAAA